UAAAGUCAGGUCUGGUCAGGUCAGCUCAGCUCAACAGGAAAGAAGAGAAAAAGGCUAAGGAAUUGGUAUUUUGAUUCUAUCAUGGCCGUUGCGCUAUCUGUGACUUCGAAUGCAUUCUCUUGCACUGUUUCCCGCCCCAGCCAACAGGCUUCUUUUCUUCUCUAUCAGGACAAGAUUAGUCAACAACGAAUUCUCCGCCUGCUAAAUAAUAAUACUACUAUUAUUAGGCCGAUAAAGGCAUUCAAAUCAGCACCAUCUCACUCUGGAGACUUCAGUUCUCCUACUUUGCAAUUCUCUCCAACACGUUCAUUCUCAAAUGGAAGAAGAAUGCUUUUGUGCAAGAAUUCCAUUGUUGAUGAUCAAGACCUAGCCACUGAACCAAAAGUGACCAACAAAUGCUUCUUUGACGUACAAGUUGGGGGUGAACCUCUUGAUAGGAUUGUUAUAGGACUCUAUGGGGAUGUUGUUCCUAAAACUGUAGAAAACUUCCGUGUUUUAUGCACAGGAGAGAAAGGAUAUGGUUAUAAAGGGUGUUCAUUCCACCGUAUUAUCAAAGAUUUCAUGAUCCAAUCAGGAGACUUUACUGAAGGAGAUGGAACUGGAGGAAUAAGCAUAUAUGGUUCUCGUUUUGAGGAUGAAAAUUUCAAAUUGAAACAUGUUGGUCCUGGUGUAUUGAGCAUGGCAAAUGCUGGGCCUGACACCAAUGGAAGCCAAUUCUUCAUCUGCACAGUGAAGACUCCAUGGUUGGACAACCGCCAUGUUGUUUUUGGACGAGUGAUUGAUGGAAUGGAUGCGGUGAGUGUUAUAGAAUCACAAGAGACGUACAAGUCAGGUUAUCCUCGGGUUCCUUGUGUAAUAGUGAAAUGUGGUGAGCUACCACCACAGGCUGAAUGAUCCAUUGAUCACAGUUCUUGCAUUGCAUCCCUAAUAACUUUACUUUUCUGUUGUGAUUAUUUCUCUUCAUCUAUUACUAUUUUUUCUAAAUGGUCAUCAAGGCUCGAACCUAUAACUUUAUGAACAUGAACUUUAUGUUCUACCACUGAGGUAAAUGAACAUUCUCACGUGUCAUUAUGUAUUUCAUUUUCAUUUUUGGUCA